UGGGCCGGGGAGGAAGGUGGUUGGCGGUCUCUUCACCACCUCCGCGGUUUGUGCUGCCGCCGCGGGCUCCCAGCCGCUGGGCCGCUGGGGCAUGAGACCGUGAGGCGAGCGACGGGCCGGGGCAGCCGACAUGUUUGGCCGCUCGCGGAGCUGGGUGGGCGGGGGCCAUGGCAAGUCUUCCCGCAACAUCCACUCCUUGGACCACCUCAAGUAUUUGUACCACGUUUUGACCAAGAACACCACAGUCACAGAACAGAACCGGAACCUGCUAGUGGAGACCAUCCGUUCCAUCACCGAGAUCCUGAUUUGGGGAGAUCAGAAUGACAGCUCUGUGUUUGACUUCUUCCUGGAGAAGAAUAUGUUUGUUUUCUUCUUGAACAUCCUGCGGCAGAAAUCAGGCCGCUAUGUGUGCGUUCAGCUGUUGCAGACCUUGAACAUCCUCUUUGAGAAUAUCAGUCACGAGACCUCACUGUAUUAUUUGCUCUCUAAUAAUUAUGUAAAUUCUAUCAUUGUCCAUAAGUUUGACUUUUCCGAUGAAGAGAUUAUGGCAUAUUAUAUAUCAUUCCUGAAAACACUUUCGUUAAAACUCAACAACCACACUGUCCAUUUUUUUUACAAUGAGCACACUAAUGACUUUGCCCUGUACACAGAAGCCAUCAAAUUUUUCAAUCACCCUGAAAGCAUGGUUAGAAUUGCUGUAAGAACCAUCACGUUGAACGUCUACAAAGUGGAUAACCAGGCCAUGCUACAUUAUAUCAGAGAUAAAACUGCUGUCCCUUACUUCUCCAAUUUGGUCUGGUUCAUCGGGAGCCACGUGAUCGAACUUGAUAACUGUGUGCAGACUGAUGAGGAGCACCGGAAUCGAGGAAAACUGAGUGACCUGGUGGCUGAGCACCUGGACCACCUGCACUAUCUUAAUGACAUCCUGAUCAUCAACUGUGAGUUCCUCAAUGACGUGCUCACGGACCACCUGCUCAACAGACUCUUCCUACCCCUCUACGUGUACUCACUGGAGAACCAGGACAAGGGUGGAGAACGGCCCAAAAUCAGCCUGCCGGUUUCGCUCUAUCUUCUGUCGCAGGUCUUCCUAAUUAUACAUCAUGCACCCCUGGUGAACUCGUUAGCUGAAGUCAUUCUGAAUGGUGAUCUGUCUGAGAUGUACGCUAAGACUGAACAGGAUGUUCAGAGAAGUUGUGCCAAGCCCAGCAUUCGGUGCUUUAUUAAACCCACCGAAACACUCGAGCGAUCCCUUGAAAUGAACAAGCACAAGGGCAAGCGACGGGUGCAAAAGAGACCCAACUACAAAAACGUCGGGGAGGAAGAAGACGAGGAGAAAGGGCCCACCGAGGAUGCCCAAGAUGACGCCGAGAAGGCUAAAGGUACAGAGGGUGGUUCAAAAGGCAUGAAGACGAGUGGGGAGAAUGAAGAGAUAGAGAUGGUGAUCAUGGAGCGCAGCAAGCUCCCUGAGUUGGCGGCCAGCACCUCCAUGCAGGAGCAGAACACCACAGAUGAGGAGAAGAGCGCCGCCACGGGCUUGGAGAGUGUGCAGUGGAACAGGCCCUUCCUAGACAUGGUGUACCAUGCCCUGGAUAGCCCAGACGAUGAUUACCAUGCGCUUUUUGUGCUCUGCCUCCUCUACGCCAUGUCUCACAACAAAGGCAUGGAUCCUGAAAAACUAGAGCGAAUCCAGCUCCCAGAGCCCAGUGCUGCUGAGAAGACCGUCUACAACCACCUACUGGCCGAAAGACUCAUCAGGAUCAUGAACAGCGCUGCCCAGCCAGAUGGGAAGAUCCGGUUGACGACACUGGAGCUGAGCUGCCUGCUCCUAAAGCAGCAAGUUGUGACCAGCACGGGCUGUAUCAUAAAGGACGUGCACCUGGCCUGUCUGGAGGGUGCCAGAGAAGAAAGCGUUCACCUACUGCGGCACUUUUAUAAGGGAGAAGAAAUUUUUUUGGACAUGUUUGAAGAUGAGUACAGGAGCAUGACAAUGAAGCCCAUGAACGUGGAAUAUCUCAUGAUGGACGUCUCCAUCCUGCUGCCCCCCACGGGCACGCCGCUGACGGGCAUUGACUUUGUGAAGCGGCUGCCAUGUGGUGACGUGGAGAGGACCCGGCGGGAUAAGUUCCCAGAAGUGGAAUUUCUGGUUCAAAGGGCCAUCCGGGUGUUCUUCAUGCUCCGUUCGCUGUCACUGCAACUGCGAGGGGAGCCGGAGACCCAGUUGCCACUGACUCGGGAGGAAGAUCUGAUUAAAACCGAUGACGUCCUAGAUCUCAACAACAGCGACCUGAUCGCGUGCACGGUGAUCACCAAGGAUGGCGGCAUGGUCCAGCGAUUCCUGGCUGUCGAUAUUUACCAGAUGAGUUUGGUGGAGCCCGACGUGUCCAGGCUUGGCUGGGGAGUGGUCAAGUUCGCGGGCCUCCUGCAGGACAUGCAGGUGACUGGUGUGGAAGAUGACAGCCGUGCCCUAAAUAUCACCAUCCACAAGCCUGCCUCCAGCCCCCACUCAAAGCCCUUCCCCAUCCUCCAGGCCACCUUUGUCUUCUCGGACCACAUCCGCUGCAUCAUCGCCAAGCAGCGCCUGGCCAAGGGCCGCAUCCAGGCGAGGCGCAUGAAGAUGCAGAGGAUAGCUGCCCUCCUGGACCUUCCGAUCCAGCCGACCACUGAAGUCCUGGGAUUCGGACUCGGCUCCUCUUCCUCCCAGCACCUGCCUUUCCGAUUCUACGACCAGUGCCGCCGAGGCAGCAGUGACCCCACAGUGCAGCGCUCUGUGUUCGCGUCCGUGGACAAGGUGCCAGGCUUUGCCGUGGCCCAGUGCAUAAACCAGCACAGCUCACCAUCCCUGUCGUCGCCCUCACCAUCUGCCAGCGGGAGCCCCAGCGGCAGCGGGAGCACCAGCCACUGCGACUCAGGAGGUGCCAGCUCCUCAUCCACCUCCUCUGUUGCCCAGAGCCCAUCAGAUGACGCCGUGACUAUGGAACAGCCUCAGCCUAACCUUCCCGACCAGUUGGUGAUCGUCAACGAAAUGGAAGCAGAUGCCAGGCCCUGCAAGAGCCUGGCAAAGAGCGUGGACAUGGAGACGGUCAGCCUGUCCCCCAGCCUCACCCCGGCCCAGCAGCCCACCAUCUCCCUGCUCUGCGAGGACACGGCCGACGCGCUGAGCGUGGAGUCGCUGACUCUUGUCCCACCUGUGGACCCCCACAGCCUCCACACCCUCGCAGGCAUCCCCCCGCCACCCACACUGGCCGCCGAGGGCACGGUGACCCCAGGCAAGGAGAUUGUGCAUCCGGAGCCAGCAGGCCCCACCGAGCACUAGUCCGAGCCUGCAGCCUCCCUGUGUGGGUGUGGCUCCGCUGGAAGGGACCCAGGCCACUGACUCCAAAGACACAUUGGAGCAUCGCCGUGACCAUCUUCACCACCCCAUGUGCUCCUUGACUCCAUUUGAAUCCCUCUUUCACUUUCCACUUCGAGAGCAGCUGGGACCCAUGGAGACACCCCAGCAACCCCAGAGGGCUGAGGCGGCGCCUCGGGAAGUGAUUGGGUUCCCGGUCUGCGCACCCCCCAGCCUGGGUGGCAGGACCCACCACCACCACUCCAUCAGCCGGCCCUGCCCAGCUCACAGCUCCUCCGUGCAUCCCAGUGUGCACGGAAGAAGCGGACGAGGUCACCAUAGGUAGAAAUUUGCAGAAAAGCGAACUUCGAUAAACAUCUCCUUUGGGUAUUUAUUUCCACUUUUGGCAGCAGGUGGAAAGCAUUCAUUUUAAAAGCACCUAUUUUGUUGAAAAGUCCAAAAAAAUCCUCAAUGCUAAGGUUUAAUGUCAUGUAAAAAGUGUAAGGUUACUGUUAAGUUUUCAUUUUCGUUUUCCCCUGAACUUCCCAGUGUUUUGGUUUAGAGUUCUCCGUCUGGCAUUCUCCGUUUUCUUAAGUGAUUCUUAUUUCUUUAUUACUCACUAACUCUGCAGGCCUGUGGGAUGAUAAGUACCUUCCUGGAAAGUUUAGAGUAUUUUUUAAACAAAAUAAGGGAGAUACGUGUAUUCUCAGGUACACAGGGAGCAGAGAGGGCGGGGGUUUCCCUGCCAGCAGCCCAGGGGCCUCACAUUACCUGAAGUCUUUUCAUGAAACUGCAGUCAACUCCUGGCUCAGCACCUGUUCCUGGUCUCUGGCCCAAAAGCAAGCAGGACAGUUACCCAGCAUCCCCUUCAGUUGCCCCAUCUCUGUUCGCCUAAGAAAGAACCACAGGGGACCGCGAAGCCCCCACUGGCUGUGAUGAGAGCAAAGGCGUGGCAGCAGCAUCUGCAUCGCCCGCUCGACCCUGUGCACUCUUCCUCUGCUGCCACCGCCAGACACAGCUUGUUUGUAAAAUGAACCCCCACCCUUUGGGCCAGGGGUGCGUGGGCCAGUUCUCCCGGAUCCAGUAAAGCAGCCAAAGUUCCUUCCUGCUUGGCACAGCCAAGCGACCCUCCCACCUCUGUGCUGAGACCUUCCGCAGCUUGCCUCCCGGUGUCCCCCUCCC